AUGUGGUCUACGUUCAUCGUUCAGGAUGAGGAGGGCCGGCCCACGGUUGUGGGGGCGACGGGUGGAGCCGCCGGCGCUGGGGGGCUGGCGGGACUGAUGGGGGCGAGGGGUGGGGGUAGCAAGCGUCGAACGAGGACGACCUCGGGCUCCAUGUCAGAGAGCCAGGAGGGGAAGAUCAAACUCACGUUCUUCGUGGCUGUUGUUGGCAUAACUCUGACCGUUUUGGGUGUGGGCACAGAGUUUUGGGUGGAGCUGGCACCUUCCAAGAGCUUCUACAACAACAAGACAUGCCUAGCAGCACACUACGGCCUGUGGAAGGGCUGUAUGAAGGUCCUGUGGGUGUCAGACAUUGAUCCAGACAGAGAGAGCUGUGGUCCUGCUGACCUGCCUGGAGAAUCCAACUGCACCUACUUCAAGUUCUACACCACAGGAGAAAAUACAGUUAUGUUUCAGAAAACGACAGAAAAGAGUCUGAACAUGGCGGCAGCCCUCCUGGCCAUCUUCAGUCUCUUUAUGAUGGUGAUGGGCGCGGUCUGCAUUGUCAUGGCGAUAAGUAAAGGUGUACAGUUCUUCCUGAAGCCGGCCUUUGUUUGUUUCACUUUGUCAGGUCUUCUGGUUUUCCUGUCAGUUGUCGUCUUCCACCAAUCAGUGCUCUCCCUCCUGGCGAGUGACCACUCAGUGCCUCUUCACCAUCAGCUCUCGUGGUCGGUGACGUGUUUGGGUUUUGCUGGGGCUCUGCUGGUUUUGGCCGGCGCCCUCUUCCUGGUGCUGGCUCUGCCGUAUCGUCCUUGGGAAAGAUGUUUGCCUCACCGGAGUGCUGACAGUUAG